CAAUUUUUAUCAAAAAAAACUGGAUGUUUGUUGUAAGAGUCGACGACGGAAUCAGAAUUGAAAUUGGAGUCAACUUGCACAUACACGAUUGAAACAGGAGUGGAAGGAGAUGGAUGAAGAGAUGGAGAUGGAGAGACACACACAUAUUAUUGGCAAAAUGCAACAACAUAGAGCCACACACACACACAGAGAGAGAAAAAGGGAAACAUGUUGGACAAGCCUAUAUUAACAACAGCAGCCAUGUUAACCAAAUGAGAGUCGAUGCGAACGAUGCGAACGAGAACGCUUUCGGUAAUGCGCCACGCCCAACAACAAAAAGAAAAACAGCGCCCCGCCCAGCAGCAGCAACAGCAGCAUAAAUAAAUAUGAUUAAGCUUAAGAAUAUAUAAAAAGAAAGUUCAAAUGAAAUAACGCAAUAUACGAAAAAGAAGCAGCGCAAAAAAACAACACAGCAGCAACGACGGCGACGAAGAAGAAGAGGAAAAAAUAUAAAUAAAUAAGUAAGAAGCAGCGACGCAACGACGUUGGCAGCGGGACGAAGGCAGCAGAGAGAGCUGUGUGGGGAGUAGCUGGCAGCAAAGAAGCAGUCUGGCAAUUUGUGGGCAGUCUGACAGUCUGGCAACCUGCAAGCUGGAACGAGUGAAAGGCGAGAGUGAGAAGGCAGCAGCAGAAGCAGCGGCAGCAGCAGCACGGACUGCAGGACAGACGGAGACGGAGACGGAAGGAAGUGAGAGAUAGAGAGAAUCGAGCUCAAUUACGCCGCCAAACUGUCGUGUCAGCAACAACGUGAAAUGUGCAAUUCCUGGCUGCUGCUCAUAAUUGCGCUCACUGUUGUCUGCCUGUGGAACUCGCAACAAACCGAAACAUCCAAAUCAUGCCCAGCCGAGUGCAUCUGCUUGUCCCAGACUCAAGUGCUGUGUAACACGGGCGGACUCGAGCAGAUCCCGCUGCGUCAGCUGCCAGCGACAGUCGAGAAUUUGGCGCUGACCAAAAACAACUUUCCGAUCAUCAAACCCGACUCGUUCGCCGGUCUGCGGGCGCUGAAGAAACUCUCGCUCGACGGCAACAACAUCACACGGAUCAAACAGUUUGCGUUUCGUGGUCUGCCGCGUCUCUGGGAUUUAUCGAUACAACACACACCGCUGCAGACGGUGGCACAAUUCGCAUUUGCCGGCCUCCAGAAUCUGUCGACAAUACUGUUGAGUAACAAUCAGAUACAACGGAUCGAGGGCAAUGCGUUUGCGGGGACAUCGAACAUCAAGCUGAUAUUGUUGACCAACAAUCCGUUGAUACGGAUCGAAAGUUCGGCAUUCUCGAGUCUGACGAAUGUCGGACACUUGAUAUUGCCAUCGGGUAUACGCAGCAUCGAGAAGGAUGCAUUCUUUGGCAUGGAUGCCGUGGGUUUGCUCAAAUUGGCGUACAUGGAUCUCAAGGAGAUCUCACCGUUCACCUUUCGUGGACUGUCCAAUGUGCUGAUACUCACACUCCAAGAAUCCGAUCUCGGGGUGAUUUGUGCGGACGCAUUCACGGGCCUAACGCAGGUGGAUACGCUGCAGAUAUUGAACAAUAAAAUCGAUUCAAUUGAGGAGCUCAAUUUUACGUAUACGGCGGCGAUAAAGCAUCUAAAAUUCCACGGCAAUCAUGUGCUGGAAACCCCAAAUCCCAAUGCGAUCAUCGUCGAUGGGGUCGAUCAUCUGCAGUUGGAAAACAAUCAUUUCCCCUGCGGCUGUCACAUUCACACCCUCCUCGAUGGACCGCUCGCCGAGGGGGCGCACAACCUAAGUGUCUUUCUGCAGAAGAACUAUUGCAUCUCGCCGCUGGAGGUGAACGGACGUAAGAUGAGCGAACUGAAUAUCGAUGGCAUUGGCCGAUGUGCCGAUAUGCUGACCAAGGGCAAUCUGGGUUCAUCGUCUGCCUCAUUAGCGCUGGGCAUCAAUGCGAUGCUCCUCAUCGCCGUCGUCAGUUGUGUUGAAUGGUGGCGUUAUGCUCGUCUCUUGGCCUCGCGACUUGUUCAGCUCUUGAGUCACGGUCACAUCGCUUGGCGUCGACGUCGGAAACGUCGGCGACCCAAUUAAACAUCAGCCGCAUCAUCAUCAAUACAAAAAAAACAACAACCAAACAAACAAAAAAGAACAAACAACAACUCACAACAACAAACAGCAAAAGAUCAGUUUGUACUUUAAUCCAUACUCGCUUAAUAAGUAAGUAAGUAAGUUUCGCAAGUCCCUAAAAACAUAAAAA